ACAGAAAUCAACUUCUCUUCGCUCGCGGAGGUCGAUCUCCGGCGAUCGGCUCCGAUGGCGGCCGCGGCGGCGUUGCUCGGAGAUGACGGCCGGGGCUACGAGCUAGCACGGAGGUUGGAGAGCAGUGGGACAUGGCGGGCGUGGCUGGGGGACUCCGGAUACGCCGCCUUCGCGCACGCACUGGCGUCUCCAAGCGCUUGGGAAUCCUUCAUGUCAUCUAGAUCUCAAGCUCAUCUCCAUCUUCAGCUCCGUGCUCGCGCUCUCCUCUUCGACAAGGCCUCCUCUUCUCUCUUCUCCCCUUCUCCCUCCACCGUUUCUUCCUCUCUCUCCAACCUCAACCCCUCCUUUCUGCUGCUCAAUGGGGAUGAUGUUUAUUUCUCGCUGGAAGAUGAUUCGCCGGUUGGGAUUCCGCAUCAAAUGCCAUCUAGACUAGCCAUUAGUCCCCGCAGAGCAAAUGAGCAUAGUUAUGAUCGGGUCGCUAGUACUGGAUCCAGAUACAAUGAGCUUGAUAGUGAAAAUUCAUUCCAAAAACACAGGCAAGAUGAAGGAUCAGAGAUGUGGUAUAACCAGUAUUUUGAGCGGUAUAAAAAGAUGAAACAGCAAAAGUUGUUAUGUGAUGAUAAGGAACCAUAUAGACGAACACCUGAGGGAAUGUCUGCUUAUUUGAAAUUCAGUAAGAUUCAUAAGAAGAGAAGGCAAGUGUAUAAGGAGGGAAGCAACAUGGGUGCUGGAGAAAUGAGGUGGGAGAAUGGGUCUUUUAUGCGGCCAAGCAUUAUAUCAGAUGUGAGCAACUUGUCAGAGGAGGGAAACGUUUUCUUUCCGGAAAUUAUGUUUCCAACUAACUGUAUACCUGACAGUGCUCUUCCACCAGCAGAUGGGCUUGAGGAAAAUAAGAAAGUAGAGGUUUAUGGGGUUCUUGAUAAAUUGCCUGAUGUUAUUAGCCGAAGUACAGCAAUGAUGGAAAGAUUUGGUAUAAGGCCAGAGCACCUAAGGAUGGGUAGCAAAUACAGGGGAAAAGAUGAUGGGGGAGCAAACAAGAAACCUCUUAGUCAAGAGCAAGCAUCCCAAAUGAGUCUCAAAGUAGCAGCUCGUCUGUUACAUUCUGUAGGUUUUGAAAGUGGAACAGAAAUUUCAAUGGAAGUCUUAUCUGAGAUUCUUGGUGACCAUAUAUGUAAAUUAGGACGCAAGCUGAAACUUCUGAGUGACAGUUACAGAAAGCAAUACUCCUCUGUUGAGCUACUGAAAAUGUUUCUCCAAUCUGUAUGCCAUAUUAAUUUGGCGACAUUAGUGGAAAUUACAAAGGACGGAAACAAGGGCUUUACUCAUCAGACCCAGCAGCAAGUUCGUACCCUACAAUCACAGCAUCAAAAUCCUCUCUUGCAGAGUCAACAGCAAUUUCAUAGACCGACAAUGAAUCCAAUGAUGCUUCACCCACAAAACCUGACCUUCCAGCAGCAGCGGCAACUGCAGCAAUUAGAGAAAAUGAAGCGGCUGGCAGCCAGCAACGCACAUCGUCCCAUUAUGACAACUUUGGACAAAGAUCAAACUAUGGCAGACGUCAAACUUGAGAACAUGAUGGAUUCUCCGAUGGAUAGCACCUCAUUUAGCAACCUCAACAAACAGCAAAUGCAGUUCAGACAACAACAGAUGAUGAUGUCUAAUCACCAUGCUCAGGCAGGGCAACAGUUUAAACAACUAAAUCCUGUUCAACUUUCUCAGCUUCAAGCCCAGUAUGUUAUUCAGGAACACUUACAAUAGUAUGACUGCGACUAAUAUGAAGAUGGAGGCCAUUACUGAGCUGUUAGGAGUGGAUUCUACAAUAAAACAUGAGCCUGAUCAGAAUAAACUGAUGUCUCCUCAGAAGUAGUGUAUGUAUGUACAGUGAGUCUGCAUCAGCAACAGUUUGAAAUAUCAAGGAAAAAAAAAAGAUUACUUUACUGGAAGUGUGAUUUGGUUAUGUAUUAUUUGUUAUUAUUGUUAUUAUUAUUAUCUGCAUAUGUAUACUUCCUGUUUGCUGUCUUAAUCAAGUGAACACAUGCGGCUGCAGAAGAUGGAUUAUGAUUCUAGUUGAAUGACAAAUGAGAGACAGCAGUACCAUCUUCAAGCAAUUUUGUAAUAAUGUUUAGUUAGUGACAAAACUAGUGUUUGUUAACCUCCAUUUGUGGUUCGAUAUGAACAGGCUUGCCCUUCAA